AUGUCCAAGAGGUCGCGUGCGCUCUACGAGGCCGACCUCCAAGCACAGCAGUCGCCCUACGUCGCCUUUGGCAGCGCACUCCCGCCGAUCGACCCCAGCGUGCGCGACGAUGGCUCGUACGUGCCGGUGUGGAAGCAGGAAGUGAGGGACGCGCAAGGCCGCCGCCGCUUGCACGGGGCGUUUACCGGCGGCUGGAGCGCCGGGUACUACAACACCGUCGGCUCCAAAGAAGGAUGGACGCCUUCGUCGUUUGUGUCAUCGCGGACGAAUCGCCACAAGGACAGCCCGCAUGCCGCCCAAGGUUUUCGGCCGGAGGACUACAUGGACGAGGAAGACCUGGCCGACGCCGAGGAGGCGCGCACGAUCCACACGUCGGGCGGGUUUGUUGGCCUGGGCCUGACGGCGGACGACACGUCACGGCCCGGGCCAGGCAGCGGUGAUCUUCUCGCCGGCCUGUUUGGCGGCGCGCGGGGCGACACCAUGGGCACGAAGCUGCUCAAGAAGAUGGGCUGGAAAGAGGGGCAGGGCAUUGGGCCCAAGGUCCGCCGCAGCGCACGGCUCGAUGUCGGUGGCAGCCGGGCCGACGGCAAACCCACGAAAUCGGGGACGUACCUCUUUGCGCCCGAAAAUGUCGCCAUGAUCCGGCUCGUCAAGAAGACGGACCACAAGGGUCUGGGGUUUCAGGGAGAAGGCCGGCUGGGAUCGACUGCAUCGCGAGGGGACGCCAACAGCGACGACGAUGACAGAAGCGACGACGAUGCCGACAGGGCCGACAGGGACGACAACGGCAUCACACGCGGCUUGUUCAGCCGAUCCAAGUUCCUUGGCGGUAAAACAAAGGGCAAGUCGGCGAGGACGGGCGGCAUCGGUCUAGGCGUGCUCAACGAUACGGGGUCGGACGAUGAAGACCCUUAUGAUAUGGGCCCGCGAAUCUCCUUCAACCGUGCGAUUGGCGGCGACAAGAAGAAAAAGAAGUCCAAACACGCCAGCAGCUUGCGCGACAACAGCGAAGCAGGCGACCGCAGCACCGUUGUCAAGCCCAAAGUGGUCUUUUCGCGGUCAUCAGGCCUGGGGAGGGGCGCGGCUCGGGUGUGCCACGACGGCCGCCCGCCAUUGCAAGGCUUUGUGCUGGGAAAGAGAGCAGACGCAUUGACCGCAGAUGCCAGCACCUCCUCCAAGUAUCCGCCGCCGGUGAUUCCGCCUGGAUGGAAGUCAUCCAAGCAGCCCCGCGGCGAUGCGGCGACGGCAAGCGCCGGUACGCAGGUGCAGGCCGACGGGGCCUACCGGUCGAUGGCAGACGCUGCCAAGGCAUCUACGCUCAACCCCAAAGCGCGUGCGGCGGUGCUGGGCGAAGCCCAGCUACCUGGCAAGUCUGUGUUUGACUUUUUGUCGCCCGAGGCGCGCGACCGCAUUGCCGCCGCCACGGGCCGCCAGGACCUGCCCGAGGCACGCAGCGAGAUCCCGGCCGAGUAUGCUCUGAGCGAGCAGGAGAAGCGCGACCAGCUUCUCCAGGCCGUGCCAUCGCUCGACAAGGCGACCGCCGUGGCCGCCAUUACACGGGGCGCCCGUGGCGGCGGGCCCUACCAGGACAACGAAGCCAAGCGGUCGCGGUACCGGGCGUACCUCGAGUUCCAGGCCGGCAUUGCCCCAGCACUGCCGCCCAAGCCGGCGGGCAUGAAGGACGACGACUGGCUGCGCGAGGCGCACGAGUUUUUCAAUUGUGCACGCAUUUUCAAACCCAUGUCGGGGCUCAUGGCCUCGCGGUUUACGACAUCGACGUCGGCGUCGUCGUCGGCCAUGAGCACGGCUGCGGCGGCUGCCGACGGCGACAAGGCGGCCAACCUCGUCACGCGCCCAGCGCCCAAGGUGCAAGACCCGGCCGAAGAAGCAGCCAAGAUGGGUAUGUACGGGCCGGUGACACGGACGGUCGGCGAGUUCUUCCCGACGCGGCUGCUGUGCAAGCGAAUGGGCGUCAAGCCGCCGGACAUUGUGCAUCCGGAUGUCGACGCAAACGUGGGCUCAGGCUACGGUCACGGCCAGUCCAGCUCGUCGCCGUGGACCAAGACCUCGCACAGCAGCAGCAGUUCCAGCGCGGCUGCGCCGCCGCCGACGACAACGCGGAGCAACCAAUCGUCGGAAUCUGCUGCACCACAGUCGGCACCGGCAGCCGAUGCAAUCGCAGAUGCAGCCGCAGCAGUACCUAUCCAGCCUGGUCACAACGAAGCACUUGAAGGGAAGCGAGCUGGGGAAGAUGUAUUUCGAGCUGUGUUUGGCGACAGCGACGACGAUGACGACUAG